AUGUCAAGAGAACUCUUGUCUUUUACCGUCACAUUACCAAAGAAUGAAGUAAAUGCUGACGAUGGAAAUGCAAUUUUCAAAUUAACAGAAUUUACAUUUAUGUUAGCAGCAGUAAAUAAAAUCUUCACACUUAACAUUGUCCGGAACUUUCUUUUCGCAAGACAUCAUUCAAAUACGGAAGUGGAGAAUAAGAAAACCAUGCUUAGUAAAGUAACUGUGUGGUAUUCUACUUAUACUGCUUGGGAUUUAGACUUGACGGAAAAAUCUUGA